GCUGCCUCGGCUGGCGCGGGGCUGUGCCGAGUGUGGCAAAUCUGCAUGAGACAGGCAAGUAUCCCAUGAUGGAUGCCUCGUACCAGUCUGCUACGAUUCCGGGACUCUUCUUCGCAGGCGCCCUGAGCCACGGCAGGGACUACCGGCGCUCGGCUGGGGGCUUCAUUCAUGGUUUCAGGUACACAGCACGUGCUCUCUACCGGAUCCUGCGGUACGAGCAGGCAGGUUGGCCGAACGUGUCCUUCGCUUUGGAUCAGGAGCUUUGGAUGCGGCAGGUACUUCGCCGCAUCAAUGAAGCGGCAGGCCCCUACCAGAUGUUUGGUGAGCUGGUGGAUGUCAUGCUCUUCAAGGAGGGUCCAGGUGGCCUGGUCGUAGAGUACCUGGAAGAGGUGCCAAUGGCCUAUGCCCAGGAGAAAAGCGAAUUCCGCAGCAGUCCACGCUUGAUCCUCAGCUUCGUCUACGGCCGUCAGUUCAGCCCCGGGGACCUUCCGAGCCCCG